AUGUUUGGUCGGUAACAAUUGAGAUCGUAUGUUUAUUUCUUCUAUUGAGAUAUCCAACUGAGUCAUCAGAGAUGAUGGAGUACAAGGCAAAUAACCGAAUGUAUGCUUAGGUGUUGGCGACAACGAGAGAGUCGAAAGAAUCAGCGUUGUUGUCAAAAUUAGUCUCAUUGAGAGAAUAGUAAAUGAAAGCAAUAUACAUGGCUAGGAUUUCUACAAUAGGCAGUCCUCGUGCAACAGUGAAGACAGCGAGAGGGAUGUCUGAGCAUGUCGGUAUCAUAUCUCCUCGUUCUUUCUGGAGGAGAUUGGAUGAGAAAUUGCCAAUGAAGGAAUUGGGAGAGAUUGCGAAUUACUUUAAUACAUUGGGAGGCGAAUAGGCGAGAGGACUAUCAAAAAAUUAUGUGAAUGAAAUGGUGCGUUUGUAGUAAUGCAUUGAGAAGAAGUUGAAAAGAUGA